CCCCUGUCCUCUGCCUUGCCAGCGGUGACCCCUGUCCUCUGCCCUGCCAGCAGUGACCCCUGUCCUUUACCCUGCCAGCGGUGUCCCCUGUCCUCUGCCCUGCCAGCAGUAAACCCUGUCCUCUGCCCUGCCAGCAGUGACCCCUGUCCUUUACCCUGUCAACGCAGUAAACCCUGUCCUCUGCCCUGCCAGCAGUGACCCCUGUCCUCUGCCCUGCCAGCAGUGACCCCUGUCCUCUGCCCUGCCAGCAGUGACCCCUGUCCUUUACCCUGCC